AAUGGGGUUCACAGGAGGUCCUAAUUGAUCGUGAAACCAUCCAUUUCUACCAACACAUUUCAUCAUUUAACCCCGCAAUUCAUCAGCCCUUGUUUUACUCCAUUCUAUUCCAAACUCCACAAUCCAAUUUAAUUUACCAGAUCCUAAAAAAUGGCCGAUGGAGAAGAUAUUCAGCCUCUUGUUUGCGAUAAUGGAACUGGAAUGGUCAAGGCUGGAUUUGCUGGGGAUGAUGCCCCAAGAGCAGUAUUUCCCAGCAUUGUUGGACGUCCACGUCACACCGGAGUCAUGGUCGGGAUGGGACAAAAAGAUGCAUACGUUGGUGACGAGGCACAGUCGAAACGUGGUAUUUUAACCUUGAAAUACCCGAUCGAACAUGGUAUUGUCAACAACUGGGAUGACAUGGAAAAGAUAUGGCAUCACACCUUUUACAAUGAGCUACGUGUGGCACCCGAAGAACACCCCGUUCUCCUUACCGAAGCCCCUCUUAAUCCUAAAGCUAAUAGGGAGAAGAUGACUCAAAUCAUGUUUGAAACUUUUAAUUCUCCUGCUAUGUAUGUUGCUAUUCAAGCUGUUCUUUCCUUGUAUGCCAGUGGCCGUACAACUGGUAUUGUUCUCGACUCUGGUGAUGGUGUGAGCCACACGGUCCCUAUCUACGAAGGUUACGCGCUCCCACACGCCAUACUCCGAUUGGACCUUGCAGGGCGUGACCUGACGGACGCCCUCAUGAAGAUCCUGACCGAACGAGGCUAUUCCUUCACCACAUCUGCUGAACGAGAAAUCGUGCGAGAUAUGAAAGAGAAACUGGCUUAUAUCGCACUAGACUUCGAGCAGGAGCUAGAAACUUCGAAAACUAGCUCGUCGGUUGAGAAGAGCUUUGAGCUGCCAGACGGGCAGGUGAUUACUAUCGGGGCAGAGCGGUUCAGGUGCCCGGAAGUGCUGUUCCAGCCGUCGAUGAUAGGGAUGGAAGCUGCUGGGAUUCAUGAGACUACUUAUAAUUCGAUAAUGAAGUGUGACGUGGAUAUUAGGAAGGAUCUGUACGGGAACAUUGUGCUUAGUGGUGGUACUACAAUGUUUCCGGGUAUUGCUGAUAGGAUGAGUAAGGAAAUUACUGCUUUAGCCCCCAGCAGCAUGAAGAUUAAGGUUGUUGCUCCACCAGAAAGGAAGUAUAGUGUGUGGAUUGGUGGCUCCAUUUUGGCAUCUCUCAGCACCUUCCAGCAGAUGUGGAUCGCGAAGGCUGAAUAUGAUGAAUCUGGGCCGUCCAUCGUCCACAGGAAAUGUUUCUAACUGCAACAAGCAAGAAAAAUAGUUGAUUAUUAACUGUUGCCAUUUGGGGUUCGAAAAUCCUGCUCUAUACAUCCAGAAUACGAGCUUCAGCAGGCACCAUUUUUUUUAUUUUAUUUUUUAUCCAACUAGUUUUCCCAACCAUAAAUUGCUAUCGAUCAAUGUACGACAUUCUUUUUUACUUAUUUACUUAUUUUUUUUUUUGUUUUGUGGAUGCUGUAAGAGAUAUAAGCUUCUAUGAAUGAAUACUUC